AUGGAUCGUGCGACGCUGCGCCAGGCGCUCGUGCAGUGCCUGCUUCAGCGGCGCAUGACGAAGCGAGCGGAUGCGUACGCGGCGUACCAGCGGCUCGCGACGCAUAUGGGCGUGGACGAGGCCUUUGAUGCGGAUCUCGAUGCGAUUCACGCGAGUCUCGCCCCGCUCGGCUGGGACGUGCGGGCGUGUCACGACCAGGAGCGCGCUGAGCCGUACCUCCUUGUUGUGAAUGCCAAGUCGGACGAGCUCGCGCAGGUCGCUACGCCGUACUCGGCCGCCGAGCUGCAGUACAUCAAAGCUCUCGUGCAUGCCAUCUUUCAUGCGCCACAGUACGCACUGCCUUCGAUCCAGGCGCUGCAGCUCGCGACGCAUACGCAGCCUGUGCCGCUGACGAAGCAGACAGCCACGCAGCUCCUUGCCAAUCUCGAGCGCCGCCAGUGGCUGCACCACCUGCCGUCCGGUGCGUAUACCCUCACGCUGCGUGCCCUGCACGAGCUGGACACGUACAUCCGCCACGAGAUGGACGAGGCGUGUGUGCUGGAGUGCAUGGCAUGCUAUGCAAUUGUCACGCGCGGCGUGCGAUGCGCUUCGUGUCGUGGCGCCGUGCACACGUCGUGCCAGAGCGCGUACGAGGCCGGCCACGCUACGUGCACCCUGUGUGGCGUCGCAUGGCAGCCUGUGCCGGUCGGCGAAUCUCUGUAG